AUGUUCUUUGCGAACAUCGUCAAGGGUGACCCGAACUCACCACGUAGUGCAUCACUCGAUGACCUUGUCUACGCGACCGUCGAUGAAAUUCAGGAGCUUACAUGGAUGUAUCGUCGAAACUUGGGAGCAGGGGGCUCAUUUGGGCCAACAGUGGAGUUUAAAACGGACCUCAACUGUGGCGUAGACGAUACUUAUGCCUUCGGAGACUUCAACAACGAUGGCCUUGAUGACUUCUUCUGCAUCAAGCCCGGGGCUGCAAUCAUCGGCCAGAGCGACAGAACGCAAAGAGAGGUUCGCAUGGCGGACAUUGACGGCGACGGGAGAGUCGACUUCUGCCUAGUCAGCGAUGAUGAUGUCAAGAGUGGGCCGUUGUCGGGCGUUGAACUUGCCGACCUGAAUGGCGACUACCGAGCGGACUUCCUGUACGUUGGAGACAACGGUAACGUGGACACGUACAUUAACCAGCGCGGAUCGGGGAAGGGUAUCGUCCCUGACUGGCGAAAGGCCGGAGUCACGCAUCCCGGUCAAGUGGCGACGGGUGUCCGUGGCAACAUCAAGUUUGGCCGCAUCUACGGAUCCGGUAGGCUUGAUUACAUUUACACGAAAGAGGAAGAAGAAUGGUUUGAUAUGAUUGUCUUCGAAAACAAGGGAUCGGGGGGCACAAGACGCAAAGGUGACGGCAACCUUUACUGCGACAUGCGCGGUACUGGCGCUGAUGAUCUCGUUUGGAUCUACUACGACGGCCGAGUGGAUGAGAUCAACACCAACAUCCAUUCCCCACCGAAUUGGGGCCAUGAUACCUCGAUCACGCUGACAGUGCCCGGGCCCCGGACGGGCAUUCACUUCGCUGAUUGGACCGGAAACGGAAGAUGCGAUGUGCUUGUCCAAAACAAAGCUACCGGGGCUCUGACAUUGUAUGAGAACAAUUACGAUGCUGGCGCAAAGGCACUCACGUUCAGCAAUCGGGGCGUGGUCGCAAACACUGGCUGCACAGAAGGCUGGGGAGUGGGUAUAUUUGAUAGGGGCAUGCGCUUGGCAGACAUUGAUGGCGACGGGCGAGCCGACCCUAUUUGCAUUGAGAUAAGUGGCCGCAUGACUGCCUGGCUCAAUAGACAGAGUGGCCUUCUCGAUGCUGGCCAGAUCAAAUUCGCAGAAUCAUGGGAUCGCGCUAAUAUACGCUUUGCCGACGUGGAGAACUCUGGGAGGGCUGACAUUAUCUGGAUGAACAAAUACACUGAAGCCAGCACAGUCUUUAAGAACAAUGGCUACCAGAGUGGUGGUGCCGCUGGAGGUUCUUCUUUUUCUUGGACAAACCGCGGCGUCCUCUACAGCGGCGUUGACCGCGGAGAAUGUUUGCACUUCGCGAACCUUGGCGGGCUAGGACGAGCUGAUCUCAUCGAAGUCGACCCUGCCACGAAUGCAGCAUACACCAACUUCAACGAAUGCAACGGAAGCGGCGGCGAUGAUGGCGCCGUCAGUAACCCUGGAUUGCCAUCAUACUCAACCAAUGAUCCGCUCCUCCUCUGGGAUUAUGCUCCUGUGUAUGCCCAAGACAGAAACCCACCAUACCCACCUCUCAAGAAUGACGAUGAGUCCGACAUUGCUAUUGAAAACUUGCGCGAGACUCGUCUGUUUGGAUUUUAUCAGUGCGAUACUGAGACGUUCAGCAACAUCAAAAACGGCUGGCGUGACUUCAACCGCCUCAGUUCGAUGGACCGCCUGUCGAGCAAUAUCGACUGGAACAGCCAGGGCAUCAAUGAGUUCUUCGGUCAAGGCGACCAGAAGACACUGUCUGACGACAAGAAGAGGCAGAUCCAGAACAUCUUCUACUACACCUCACAGAUGUGGACCCAUUGGUGGACAGACUGGGGUCCUCCCAACUACAUCGACUCGUGGCAGUACCUGUGGAUUGAGGUCUCAUGCAGCCUCGGUGAUGGUUCCGGGGACCUCGAAAACUACUGCGGAGACAAGGAAAAUCCUUCUGAAGGAGGUCCCGCUGCCUUGAUAACGUGGAAAUGGGACGAGAACCGCUAUACGCGGGCGCUUGUCUGCAGGAAGUACACCACCCUGGGGAAGGAUCUGGAUGAUCUAACAAGAUACAUGAACACAGAGAAGACUGCAGAAGACCGUCUGAACUUGGCGAAUUGGGAGCACGCUAGGGGAGGGUAUUGGCUGCACGAGGCGACGCAUAUGGAUUAUUUCAUGAACACACCAUCUUCGGGGUCGGGACCAGUCGUUAGAGACCUCCUUGUCGACUACAGUGACGGUCGCGGAGAAAACAAAGCCUACGGUAUUGACAAUGCUAGGAAACUAGCCAAUUACGAUCGUCACUUCACACCCGGCGAGUACACGCAACAAAACUCCGACAACUACAGAUUUUACGCCAUGUCCAAAUGGGUGGAGGCCAAUUCUGUCGAGACGACCUAUCCCUAUAAGCCGAGCGUCAAUCCUUUUGCGAUGCCUGUGUUCCCGCCUAAAGUUCCCGAUGAAGGGUAG